UAUUGCUUCUUCGGAAGCUGCAUCGAUAAUGAACCUUGCUCCAAAUGAAAAACAGGGCCUUCUUUUUGAUAUAAAUAUUUCUUUGGAAAUUCUAAUAGAUGACUUUAAUGACGUUUGUGCAAAUGGUGAUAUUUCAAAAGUUUUUGCCUGUCAUUUCAAAAAGCAUCGAGAUUCAAGCACCUACCAGAAAGAAAAUGAAGCCGAUAGAAUCAAACGUUCUCAAGCAAUCCGGACUCUUGUUGAGCAUGAAGCGGUUAAAAAUUAUUCACCUUCGGUGAUUACUGCUGCUGUCAAAGAAUAUGCAACAAUUAAGUUGGGCCUUGGGUCAAGUGUGCGUGAAUUGAAAAGAAAGGAAGUAUCCAAUAUUAAGAAUAAAGUACGUAGGCCGAUGCAAGCUCAUCUUGUUGGUGAUUCUAGUUUAAGGGUGGAUCACUUGAAUUUCGUAUCGUUUUUAAUAAAGCAAGGGUAUCAGUUGACGCUCAUCGAUUCCACCCAUAACACUAAUAGAUAUGAUUGGCGCCUUUUCACCCUAUAUGUUCGUGAUACCUAUGGUUGCUGGGAUGCCAGUGCGCACUUUUUUGUUAGCACUAAAAAUAGUGACACCAUUAGUGAGGAAAAAGGUAUUAAAAAAGCGUUUGCUAGAGUAAAUGCUGGUGAACAAGAAUGUGAAAUAAUCCUCUGCGUUGUCUAUGUAAUAAGGGUUUGGUUAGCGAAAAUCUAUGAAAAAGAACCCCGAGAUAUUAUGAUCAUGGCGAUGCAUAAAAGAACCAGAAUAGGUUGCGAAAAAUUUAUUCAAGAUGCCAUUAAUUGUAGCAAGGUUCCUGCCAUUCGGAAUUACAUUGAAAUGAACUACAAAAAAAAUACUCAAAAGUGGGGCUUUGAAUUGAAAAGAACGACAUCCUCGUUUCAUGGAUUAAUAGGUGCAGUUUAUAAUAUUGUCGCUCUUGAUAAUAAGAAACGAUCUGAUUCUAAAAGCGCUACAUUCGAUUUUCGUAUUAAAAAAAUAUCCGCUUAUGGUGUGGCUAGUGAUGUUGUUGAGGAAAUUCAUAAGUUUCCUUACCCUUUUCAACAACUAUUAGUGAAGGAAGCCUGCGCUGUUAUGAAUAGACUCGACAAAGGGAAAAAUGCCCCAGGUUUAACUUCGCUAGAGUGUCACUACCUAUUUCGCAACCAUUACUUGUUGCCUUAUAGGCAUAUUUUCUAUGAACACACAUAUGGGGCUAUAAGAUUGCUAACAGCUGACACAUGGAAAACAUUUCAAGGGAUGUUUGAAGAGAGUGGUUUUGAAGUUUAUGAGCGUCGUGAAUUAGUGAUUGAAGAAGUAUCAAAAACUGAACAACAAAAAAAAGAAGAAAAUUUGAAACUUACUGUCAACGAACUAAACGAAAGGGUGCGCGACAAAUAUUGGCGUACUGUAACAAGUGGAAAUUUUGAGAGGACCGAGACUUUUGUUUCGAUGCGGGUGGGUGGGCGAAGUGGUCCUAUGAACCUAAACU